UUUCUGUUACCGGCGUGCUGCUCUACGGUUCCUGCCCCCCGUCCGCCGUUGGUAACCUUCCCGCUUCUGCGCAGUUUUGACCCGGGACAAAGCCUCACCGGUUCUGUCGCUGUUUGUUCCUUCAGAGCAGCAUGUCGGAUUACGGCGGAGUGUCUUCUAACGGUGUUGGCGGUGGGGUGAAAAAAGACGCCUUUGCAGACGCCGUACAACGAGCCAGACAGAUUGCAGCUAAGAUCGGCGGAGAGGCUGGGCCCACAGUGACGAAUAACGGAGGAGCUGAAAAUUAUCCCUUCACUGCACAGAAACGAUCCCUGGAAGAAGGAGAUGAGCCCGAUGCCAAAAAAGUAGCAUCACAGAGUGAAAGAGAUUCAGCAAUGUCAAUUGGAGCUCAGUUAGCUGCCCUGUCCCAGCAAAGUGUCAGGCCCUCUACUAUGACAGAGGAGUACAAGGUGCCUGAUAGCAUGGUUGGCCUCAUCAUUGGACGGGGAGGGGAACAGAUCAACAAAAUACAGCAUGACUCUGGGUGCAAGGUCCAAAUUGCACAUGGUGAGAUACAUAGCGUUGGUCUGCCAGAAAGGGGUAUUUCUCUGACUGGAUCACCAGAGGCUAUUCAGAGGGCCAAAGCUCUAAUAGAUGACAUAGUGUCCAGAGGUCACGAGUCAAGCAAUGGUCAGUCCGGCUCUAUGCAAGAGAUUAUCAUCCCGGCAGGGAAGGCUGGCCUAAUCAUUGGGAAAGGAGGAGAGACAAUCAAACAGCUCCAGGAGCGAGCUGGAGUUAAAAUGAUUCUUGUCCAAGACGGAUCACAGCCUCCCAACAUAGACAAACCCUUACGCAUCAUUGGAGACCCUUACAAAGUGCAGCAAGCAAAGGAGAUGGUUAACGAGAUUCUACGAGAAAGGGAUCAUUCUGGUUUUGGAGACAGGAACGAAUUCGGAUCCAGGAUGGGAGGGGGUGGCAUUGAUAUCGCCGUUCCUCGACAGUCUGUGGGAGUUGUGAUUGGUCGCAGUGGGGAGAUGAUAAAGAAGAUCCAGAGUGAUGCUGGAGUGAAGAUACAGUUUAAACCAGAUGAUGGUACAGCACCUGAAAAGAUUGCCCACAUCAUGGGCCCCCCGGAUCAGUGUCAGCACGCUGCUUCCAUCAUUACAGACCUUCUGCAGAGCAUUCGUGCCAGAGAGGAAGGUGGGCAGGGGGGCCCUCCAGGCUCUGGUAUGCCACCUGGAGGCAGAGGUCGUGGUGGAGGCCAGGGCAACUGGGGUCCUCCAGGAGGAGAGGUGACCUUCUCUAUUCCUGCUCACAAAUGUGGGCUCGUCAUUGGGAGAGGAGGAGAGAACAUCAAGUCCAUCAACCAACAAACCGGGGCGUUCGUUGAGAUUUGUCGUCAAAUGCCGCCAAACGGCGACCCAAACUACAAGCUGUUUAUAAUCCGAGGCUCGCCACAGCAGAUUGACCACGCAAAACAGCUGAUUGAAGAAAAGAUUGAGGGUCCACUGUGUCCAGUAGGUGGCGGUCCUGGUCCCGGGGGUCCUGGUGGGCCAAUGGGUCAAUAUAAUCAAAGUCCUUAUAAUGCCGGACCUCCUGGUGGAGCUCCACACGGAGCUCCUGGUGGUCAGUAUUGUUCGCAAGGUUGGGGAAAUCCUUACCAGCAGUGGCAGGCUCCAAAUUCAAAUGACCCCAGCAAGGCUGCUUCAGACCCAAAUGCAGCGUGGGCAGCAUAUUACGCUCAGUAUUAUGGGCAGCAGCAGCAGCCAGGGGCCAUUGCAGCCCAGGCACCUGGUGCCCCUGCAGCAGCAGCCACAGGGGACCAAAGCCAAGCAGCACAGACCUGUGGGGGGCAGCCUGACUAUACAAAAGCUUGGGAGGAAUAUUAUAAGAAGAUGGGCAUGACUCAGCAAGCUGGAGGUGCAGCAGGCGCUUCAGGCGCAGCAGUGCCCGCCACUACAGUGGCAGCUGCAGCACCAGGUGGGGCUGACGCUAGUGGCCAACAGGACUACAGUGCAGCAUGGGCCGAGUAUUAUAGACAGCAGGCUGCCUAUUAUGGACAAGCAGGACAGGCUGGUGGUCCACAGCCGGGACAGCAGCCUCAGUGAACCAACGGUUGAUCUGUCGACGGAUGUGUUGGAUCUCAGGAUGUUUACUUUUCCCUCAUUUGGCUUUAAGAAACGAGGCCAGGGUUUGCUUGUCCUUCAUUACACUAUCUAUUUACAUUUUCUUAAUGGAUUUAAAAAAGGUAACACUUUGUGCCCACAAAUUGGACAAAGCACUAAAUACCUUACCUGUUUGGUUUCCCCUUUACCUGACCCUGCAUCACCUUGUAAUUCAAUUUAAUAUUUUAAUUUCAUUUUGUUUUUCUGAAUGAAAAUGUGAAAUGAGCAAUUCUGCUUGGAAGCUACCACAACAGCAUCUCGAUAAUGAUUCACAUUUAGUAUUUCCCUUCAGUUUUCAGAGGGUAUGAAUAACUGUCUAGCAGUAUUUUGAAUAUAUUCCUAAAUUAUCUUUGUAUAAAAGAUAAUUGCUACUUUGUGUUGUUCUAUGUAUUAUUUUUUAACAUUCCCAGUGUUUGUGGGUGUAAAUCAUCCUAUAAUGAUUUUCUUUUUUUUUCCAAGAGGGUAUUGAAUGUCUGUAAUAUCUGUAAUGCUACUGAAUGCAGGUUUGCAGCUAUUGGUCACUAAUUGUCCUACAAACUGUAGGCUGGUUGUGUGUGCAUGUAUAUUUGUGUGCUUGACUACCCUCAGUUUAAUUUGCAGGUUUAUUUUUGAAACAUUAUCUUCCGAUAGGUUUUGCUUGUGUAUGUCCUUUUUUUAAAAGUUAUUUUUACAGUUUGUUUUUAAAGACCUCAAUAAAACGUUCAUAUUAUAUU